AUGGACAUUUUUAUGGACCCGCACCCCGCCUACCAGCUGCUAGGCGCACGGCUUGAGUCAGUUCGAGCAAAGACACCAGGACAGUUGGGCAAACUCACGGAUGGAAAACAACCGAGGUCAAAGGAAAAUACGAGAGGAUUCGGUCAGGAACCGCAUGACUACUGGCUGACGAAGGGUGGGCACACAAGCAUUCUGACUGAUACUAUUGCCGAAAAAGACAAGGGAGAGUGGAAUGGCCAUUUCUGGCUUAUUAGCCGUGGUCAGCUAGUCAUACCCAGACCCAAGUGGUGUCCCACCCGAACUCGUGACCUUUUGAUCGGAGUCAAACGCCCUAACCAUUGA